AUGAAAAGGCAACACAAAAGCAGCGAUGCCAUCUGGGAGGGACUGCGUCAUCAUCACCUUGGCAACUGCGGUGUAGCUGACCAUGAAGAGGAAGACUUCGGGCCUCACGAGGCCUCGCUGCGGCUCAGUGAUCGGGGUCAGCCGCUGACGAUCUUUUGCAGUUUUGUGGCGAUGGACACCUUCAGCAGUAAGUUACAGCAGAAGGCUCUGCAGCAACCUAAGCAGAAGAAAUCCAAGUCGGCUGAAUUUCUGAUGGGUGAAGAGCAGAAAGCCACUCUGGUGGGCAUAGAAAACCCAGCAUUUGACGGAGGUGGAGGAAGCACCGAAAUUUCUGUAUGGCUGGGGAGAGAAAUUCGAGGUGACAGGCCAGAUAGCACCCUUGCAGCUCACCCCAAAAAAAUGGAGCUGCAACCCCCUGCCAAAGAAAGAGGAAAUGAACGCGGCCAAAAUGACUUUGACCCGUCGCCGGCUGAGCAGACAGACCCAAGGCAUAGCAGGAUGGCUGGGGCCAGCGCGGGAGAUGAGCUGGAAUUAACAACAUUGAAUGCUGAUGAAAACAGACUGUAUCAAGGUAUGUCUGCAUUGCUGGAUGAGGAGGAUACCUUCAUAAAUAUACCUGGUACGCUGCCAGCCUUCAGGGAUGAGGAGGUGUUGGAGGUGAAGGCGGGUGAUCCGGAGCUCGAGCAGCGACUGCUGCUGCACAGCGGUGGUGACGCCUCGGGCUCCGGGCCCUCACAGACCAACACCACCGCCAAAACCCAGGCUGGGGCUUGUGCUGGGCUGGGAGCAGAGGCUGGACUCAAAGCCGGGAGGAUGGUAAUGGACAGAGAACGCACUGCAAAAAUGAGCCCAGCUGAGGAGGUGAUCCCACACUACGCCCAGCAGCUGAGGGAGCGUGUGCGACCUGACAUGAUCACGCUUGGCAGCCUUUCACUGCAGCAGCAGGCGGCUCAGAAGGGGCCACUGAGGAGGAGGAGGGAGUGGGCAAAGAGAAAGAAGAGACUAAUGGCCAUCUUUGCUGGGACUGUUAAGGUGCGCGUGUGUGUGUGUGUGUGUGUGUGCGCGCGCGCAUGUAGCAGCACAACCAGUGAAAACCUGUCCCUCAGAGCACUGGGGGAAGGCCAAGAGGAAGCGACGGCCAAAUUCGGGCAGAUGACAGAGCUACCAGAAUCCUCUUCUUCAGCAUCACGCCCCCCGUGGCUGGUGACCCAGAGCACAACGCCGCAGCCUGUGGAGGUGUGCGUGUGCUGCGUGAGAGCCGCCAGAGACAAGCUACCAAGGGGCCUCUACGCUGUCACUGUGACACUCCACAGCCGCCUCGGGGGCCCGUCUUUGGCCUGGUGCAGUAAGAAAGAGCAGCAACAGCGGGCGGCGUCCACCGAGCCGGUCGCGCAUCAGGGGCGCUUCUGGGACACCGACCUGCACUUUAACCAGAGCCUGCAAAUGCUCCUACCUGCAGCCUGUGAGGUCGUCCCCUCUAUGGUUCUGGUCUUCCAACUGGUCUCCCUGCCGGGAGACAGCAGCCACAUCGGCGCCGUCCUGGCUUGGGGGGCCUUCCCCGUUUGCGGGCCGAGCCUCGGCCUUGUCCAGGGCAGGUUCAAAACACCUCUGCUCAGGGGGGAGCCGAGCACACAACUGGACCAGUUUAAAAAGAUUGAAGCCAUCAUCUCCUCUGAUCUAGACCACUGGCUGUGCAACCUGUACUUUCAGGUAAAGAGGCUCCCUUCCCCAACCUGUGGGGGACCGGAGCGCUGCAUCACCCUUUCGAUGCCUUCACCUCACCCCCCAGUCUCGUCCCAAACGGAGGUCCGUCACGACCAACCACGAAGCCGACCGCCACUCCAGGCCCACUUACCGUCCCACCCACCGUCCCACCCUCCGUCCCAGGGCCGGCUCACUCCUCAGCCUGUUCUGAUCCAGCCACAGUCAUGCCCUCGGGAGCGGGGGCAGGCGAGCCCGCUGGGGGGCAUCCUCGCCGGGGGGUCUCCUCUCCACCUGUCAGUUGAUUCCGCUUGUGUCAGCUCUUCAUCAUCUCUGCCAGGGAAGAAUUCCUCCUCAGGAGCCAAUUCUGGGAACACGAGAGAGAAGAGUGAUCCAUGCAGGGAGAAAGCAGAGGGCGGGACUCACUACAAGAAGAAGCCAAUCAAGAAGACAAAUAGCCGCGGCCCCAGCGUGAGUGGCGGUGGCGGCGGCGGUGCACCGCCUCUGCAAGCGGAAAAACAGAAGAUGCAGCCUUCAACGGAGAACCUCUCCAAGGAGGAGAUGGGGGAGUUUACAUUCUCCCUGAAUUCAGCACCGACUGGAUGCGGCCCCCGCCUGUCACGCCUGUCGGAGCGAGCCCGUCUGGCCCUCAGCAUGCUACCGUCCGAGCUGGGCCUGCCGUUGCCUCGGCAACAACGGUCGCACGGUAGCUGGCGUUGCUCCGCGCGGCAGCUCGGCCUCAUUAUGCUGCUGCUGGCUUUGAUGUGGUUUGUGAGGCUCUACCUGCAUUACUGCAGCCAGUGGCUCUACCUCCAGGCCAUAGCAGUUCCUGUCAACAAAUUCCAGAUCCACGCGCACACGGUGGACCUCGUUUACCAGAGUUCUUUGCUCCACACCCGGGAGGAGCUGGCGAUGGUGGUGGUGGGUCCCCUGACCUUGAACGCAGUAACGUUCCUGCUGGUUCUGAUCAGAUGGGGCUGUCAACAAAUAUUUGUCUCACUCCCUUCCUUCACGUCAAAGUUUAUCAUGGCUCAGGGAGUGUGGACAGUCCUCGACCCCCUGGCAGUCUUUGCAGUGGACGUCGUCCUCGGGCGUCUCGCCUACAGCCCGGACACACCAGUGGGGGACGCGGCCAAGCUUUACUGGCACUUCUAUCGGGUCGACCAAUCAGGUGCAGCGGGAGUGAUCAUCACUCUCUUCCUCUACACAGUCCUCUUCCUGUUCUCCAUAACUAUCCUCUCCAUGAACAUCCUCAGAUUCCACAACGAUGGUCGCAUGCUGGACGUGUUUCAGCGGCUCACCGCCGCGGAGGGGAAGUUCUUCCUGCCUCAAGACCUGGAGCUGUCCAAUCAGGAGCUGAGCUACAUCGUCAAGAAGGCAGAGCAGUGGCGAGGCUUUAACGGGGAGCGGCGCAAGGUUGCAGUCUACGACUAUAUCUGGACAGUGGAAGACCCAUUGGCAGGCUCGGCAGCUCCUAGCGACCUCCCGAGGGACGGAGCGACUCUACCAGAGGGCGAGACCAGCACCCAUGUGGCGGUCUACACCCUCUACUUGAGCGGGCUGAAACAAAGAUACAGACACUUCCUCCGGCAGCCGGACGGGGCUAUCAUCGAGGUGAUUGGUGACAUGGAAGGGUUGGACUGUGCGACCAGGAUGGUGCCCGGCCCGGGUGAGCCCUCGGACGGUCAGGGAGAGGAGGAUGGCGCGCGGGGCCCACAACAGCUACGGAAAAGGAAGAAAGCAUUUGGGCGGUCCAAUCGCGUUGAACCAGUGGGAGGAAGUGGGUGUGGCUCGAGUUUAGCGCCACAAGACCUGCAGAUGAGAUAGAACCCUGCCUCCUCUCAUCAACG